CACACACUCUGAAGGACUACUGUGGAAAACCUCAAGAAGACAGCAUUAUACUGUUUUUCUUUUCCUCCAAAAGGAAAAAUCUCAGACUGAAGGAUUACUCUUCCAGAACUGGCAAACACUGUUUUUUAUUAUUAUUGUUAUUAUUAUUAUUUUGGCUCCUGCAGAGAGCACAGAUGGAUCUGAACUGCCUCGUGUUUCUUCUGGUCUUGGCCUCCUUCAAUAAGCUGCUGGUGGUGGCAAAUUCUGAAAAUGAUUACGAAGAGCAUGUGAACCAUCUGGGUGGACAUCAGUUCACACGGAACCAAAUCACCACGGCCCAGUUCCAGUGUUUCCAGCAGAUCAUUAAAAAGUCACACCACACAUCGAAAACAGCAGCAGGGCCAGUGUGCAACACAACAUGGGACGGAUGGCUGUGCUGGGAUGAAAGUGAAGCUGGCCUCACAUCAGAGCAGACCUGUCCAGAAUACUUCACAGAUUUUGACUCUUCUGCCAUGGCAUCCAAAGUCUGCACAGAGACGGGGGAGUGGGGACGCCACCCGGAGAGCAACAGGACGUGGACGAACUUCACAAACUGCAGAGCCAACAUUACACAUCACAAUCAUCAUCAACAUCACAGGGCGGUGGCGAUGACUCACUUCUACUUGGUUACAAUUGGUGAUGGACUGUCUCUGGUGUCUUUGCUCAUAUCAUUAGGAAUAUUCUUCCAUUUUAAGAGUCUGAGCUGCCAGAGGAUAACGCUCCACAAAAACCUCUUUCUCUCAUUCGUGCUGAACUUGGUCAUCACAGUCGCCCAGCUCGCCACAAUGAUGAAAAAAGUGGAACACAUGCACAGCGACUCUGGCAGCUGUAAGUUUCUGUCGUUCAUCCACCUGUAUCUGCUGACCUGCAACUACUUCUGGAUGCUCUGCGAAGGAAUCUACCUGCACACUCUCAUUGUUGUGGCCGUGUUUGCAGAAAAACAACAUCUCAUGUGGUAUUAUCUGCUGGGGUGGGGUUUUCCGCUCGUGCCAGCACUGAUACAUUCAAUAGCACGCUACUGGUACUACAAUGACAAAUGUUGGGUCAGCUCAGAUACUUCCCUGCUGUACAUUAUCCACGGCCCCAUCUGUACUGCACUGGUGGUGAACCUCUUCUUCCUGCUGAAUAUUGUUCGAGUUCUCAUCACCAAGCUGAGAGUGACGCACCAGGCCGAGUCCAGCCUCUACAUGAGAGCCGUGAGAGCCAUCCUCAUCCUCAUCCCUCUGCUCGGCAUCCAGCUUGUCUUGCUCCCCUACAAGCCCCAGGGACCACUGGCCAAUGAGAUCUACACGUACAUCAUGGAAAUCCUCAUCCAUUACCAGGGAUUCUUGGUCUCUACAGUAUUCUGCUUCUUCAAUGGGGAGGUCCAGAGUGUUUUACGGAGACACUGGAAUCAGCAGCGGAUGCAGUUUGCGGGCACAUUCGCCAACACUGACUUCUUCCGAUCGUCGUCCUACGUGGGAUCGUCACUCACAGAGGUCCACCGCUGCUACAGCAUCGAAAGCCACACCGAGCACAUGAACGGCAAGAGCUACUCGGACAUAUUCAGAUCGGACAGCCCCUUUGUGUAAAGGCGGCCUACGGCACUUAAGGCUCAGUGCUUACGCUUACUCUUUUUUUGUUUUGUUUUUUGACUCCUCCCAAGAUGUUACGAAGAUUAAUGUUGAUGUUUUCUUGGAGUUAUGCUACUGUUCAUGACAGCUGAGUACUUCUGACAUUCCUUCUCCCAGCCAAAAAAAAAAAAAAAAAACCCCACAUAUUUUUAUUUUUUUGGUUUUCUCAUAAAUU